AUGGACGCAGCCAGCGACGGCAUGCGCUUGCCCUACGACGUGCUCCUCGACAUCCUCCGCCGCCUGCCGGGGCGCGACGUUUGCGCGUCCCAGUGCGUGUGCCGCGCGUGGCGUGACAUAGUCAACAACGACCACUGGCUCUCCCUAGAGCGCUACUUCCCCCGGCGCGCCUUCCCCGGCCUCUUUGUCAACAAGACAGGGUGCCGCUCCAAUACAUCCUUCUUUGCGCCCCCGGCCAAUCGCGGCAUGCCUGGCUUCAGGAGCCCCGUCUACCCGCACCAGGCGAUAGUAUACCAGUCCUGCAAUGGCCUCCUCCUCCUCGAGGAGGGGGGCGAUUACGUGCUCAACCCAGUGACAGCGCGGUAUACUCGUCUGCCGCGGCCAUCGAUGCCGUAUUACUGGCAUGGCAUAUCUCUGGCUUUCGACCCUGCCGUGUCGUUCCACUACCAUGUGUUCCGCUUUCCCGAGGGUGGCUUGCUCAAGGAGCCAUUAUCAGCCACUAUAACGCAAGGCGAGGUUCCGCCACUCGAGGAAGCACAAGCAGAGGAGUUCGAGGAACCCCUGAAAAAAGUGUUCUCAAUGUUAAUGUACUCUUCAUGCACAGGGCAGUGGGAGGACCGAGAGUUCACACCUGGACUUUGUGCAUCGGGGCACCUCUACGACAUGGUUAGCAGAACGCCUGAGAGCUACGAGGGUCCAUUUCAUUCAUCUAAUUACUGGCGUGGGUCUGUCUAUAUGCAUUGCCACAACAGCGUCCUCGUGAUUCUACACCCCUCGAAGGGAACUUAUGAUAUGGUCCAGCUUCCCGGAGAACCCUGCGGUCCAAAAAGCUGGUACUCGCUUCCCAAAAAUUCAGUCUUAGCAAGCUAUGAGAGAGGGGUACAUUAUGUGGUGACUAACAAUUCACAGCUUCGAGUAUGGAUGCUAACGGAAUUGACCAAUGGACAACUAGGUUGGGAAUUGGUACACGACGCCGGCCUCAACCUGCAUGGUCAUAUGAUUCGUACUCUUAAAAUACAACCCAAGAUGAUAUGGAGGAUUGUUGGAAGCAAUGGAGGACCAGUCAGCUUGUCCGACUAUGAGAUAGAGGACAAUUGGGCCACACCACAUGACUCUGAAUAUUCAUGGGACUCUGAUGAGGACAACUACAUCGACAUGGUUGGAGGCGCCGACCACCAUGAGUCGGUGGAACAGGGUGCCUACUGCAGUAUCAUGGGAUUCCAUCCACACAAGAAUGCACUCAUCCUCGCUCUUAGCGGCGCGGUGGUAGUGUAUCAUCUCGACACCUCGAGGAUGCAGUAUCUGGGAGACGAGGACGAGCUUGAUAAAGACAACUCGCAACACGCUUGCUGUGUCGAGCAUUCGUUCAUUUACCGACCUUGCUAUAAGGACAUGCUACCAAGAGGGAAAUUAUCGAUGCCACCACAAAAUGAUAUACGAUCCAAUUCUACAUAG